AUGUUUGCGGCUGGGUUCAGUUAUACUGGAGACGGUGAUACCGUUCGUUGUGACAAAUGUCAAUUAGAAGUGUCCGAAUGGACUCAAGAUAUGGAACCAAAGCUAGUGCACGCUGAGCGUAGUCCUAACUGUCCAUUUGUUUGUUCUACAAUAUCAAAAUCUUUCAUGGAAUCAAAUGAUCAAGAAAACCCUACAAAACGUCAAAAAACAGAAUCAAAUCUUGAUGAAUGCAUGCGUAAUUAUAAAUUCGAGGAAGUAAACAAACUCAAGCUAAUACGUUGUCGAACUUUUUCUCAUUGGUCUCAUCAAAUAAAACCAUCUGUUGAACAAAUGAUCAAUGCUGGCUUUUUUUCAUGCAAUGUCGCCGAUCGUGUUAUUUGUUUGUAUUGUAAUUUGAUUUGUCAACAAUGGAAAGCAGAUAUUGAUGAUCCAACUGAAGUACAUAAAACUCUUUCACCAAGAUGUCCCUAUGUUUUAUCAAUACUAAUACAACCAGAACGAUCUACUGUUGUGGUUUUAAAUUCAAUACCAACAAAUCAUCUAAACAAUCAAAAUUUUGAAUCACCUAAUGCUGCACAAUUUCAAUUUGAUCAAAUUGUUCAUACAACACCGCUUAAUCCUGCGUAUAGUGAGAUUACAAAACGUCUGCAAUCAUUUGCAACAUGUUCUCAUGAAUCAUUACCACCAGUAGAUGAACUAAUUCGAGCUGGCUUCUUUCAUACAGGCGCUCAAAAUAUUGUAACCUGUUUUUAUUGUAAUGGUUCAUUAAAAAAUUGGACUGCUAAUGAUAAUCCAUUAAUUGAACACGUUCGAUGGUUUCCUCAUUGUGGUUAUGCAAAACAAGUGUGUGGCGAUGAGCUUUACCGAAAAAUUCAAGAAGCAAAACGAGCUCUACAAGAGCGUAAUAGAGCUAAUCGACCAAACGAGACAGGAGAAAAUGGUAAUUCAUUGGUUUCAAAUCAUUGCCAAUUACAAAUAAAUGAUGCUAAUAUCUUAUCACGUCUUGUCGCUGCUCGACUUGAUUUAUCGAGUUCACAACGUUUACUUGAUCGAAACUAUAAGUUAUCAGUUAUAAAACGUUGUUGGGAAGAUCAAUUACAAUUAAAAAAAGACGAUUUUAUCAGCGACGCUGAUCUAUUCAUAGCUUGUACUGUUCUACAAAAGCAAAUCGAUCAUAUUCAAGGCAAUAAAGAAAAUAUUAUUAUUCCUAGUGUUCAAAUGAAAUUAAUUUGCGAAAGAAAACAGUCUGGUUUAUCAACUUUAUCAACACAUUCAAACAGUGACAAUGUAAACGUAUUACAAAGUCAAACAGCUCCUGAAACACCUAAAAUCGAAUCAACAACUACAACAACAAAUAAAGAAAUUUCAACAAUGUCAGAAACAAAUUCUACAAGAAUUUCGUCAAUAACUAAUCCUUGUAUUAUCUGUUAUCAAGACGAGAAACAACUCGCAUGUAUUCCGUGUGGUCAUUUAACGGCAUGUGUUUCCUGUAGCCGAACACUUCGAACGUGUCCGACAUGCCGCAAAGAAAUCGAAGCAUUCGUUCGUGUUUAUAUCUAA